ACUACCACUUUGCAGAUGCAGAUUUUCCUCAAGGUUUAUGAGCAUCCCUGACCUUCAGGGCUCCUCCAGUGGACUGACCUUUACUCCGAAGCAUAGAUGCUUCCUUCACUCCCAGGCCCAGCAAAACAAGGUCACCACACUCCUUAGUUUGCAGGCAGUGACCUUUAUUUUCCCUUUCCUUCACACUUUUCUUCUAUGCACCUUCCUAUAUUUGUUUUUGGUGUCACUGUUAAUCAUCAUAUGUCUGUCUCCAGUCAAUGCCACAGUAAUCAACAUACAGUGGCUGCAAAAAUAUUUAUACACCCCAAAAUGAAAAUGUACUCACCCUUAGGCCAUACAAGCUGUGGAUGAGUUUGUUUCUUCAUCCAAACAGAUUUGGAGAAAUUUAGCAUUACGCCACUUGCUCACCAAUGGAUUUAUUACAUUUACUGAUCCAGCAAUAUUUUAUCCAUGCAAUAAAAUUCAUACAUUUUAUUACAUGUGAAUUAAAUGUCUAAAUACUUUUCCAAAGCUAUUGUACAGUAUAAUAAAGUCAGCAUACUUAAUGGAAAAUCUUUACCCAUCCAACUCUCCUUUCUCAGCCAUUGCACCAUUUCUUCCAAAGUCAAUUAACUAACCUCUGCCAUGUGCUAAAUCUAGUAAAUCAUUUGGUAUUUUAUGUCAGUUGUCCCUUAGAAAGUUAAUUCAGGCCGUGAUGAGGCUGCUCAAGUAUUUCUGCUAUGUCCCAUCUUGGUGCAAGUGAUUUCAUCUCUUAUUGGGAAGAUGCUUUGCGAUCUUGUUCUCAGUGUGUCCGCAGGAAGCCUUUAGGACAAUCACACAAACACACACACAAACUGCUGCACACAAUGGACCAGGGAGCACCUCUGAAGGACAUCUCAAUAGACAUAGAGAUAAGUGAGGAGGAGGAGGAGGUGUCUUCACUCUUGGAGCAGCAUGAAAUUUAUCCAAAUGAUACUCCUGGUGUUAGAGAGGCGCAAACAAAAGGACAGGAUUCAUUGGCUGCUCACAGUAUCACAAAGGCUCUCAUCAAGGACAGGGACCCAAAGGGAAUCAACAAGUGUCUUAAGGUGACCUUUGAGGAUGUGAUAGCGGAGCCGGCUUCAGUGAGGAGCUUCGAUAAGGUGUGGCUGUGGAGUCACGCUCUGUUUGAGGUGUCCCGACUGUGGUUUUACCGCAUCGUUUCCCUGCUGCUCGCGGUGCCAGUGGCUCUGGCUGCAGGCCUUCUCUUUGCUGUCCUCAGCUGUCUACAUAUUUGGCUGAUAGUUCCCAGCGUGCAGCUCUUGGUCAUAAACCUGCACUGGAUAAAGGUGGUCUGGCAUAAUGUGCUGGAUAUUGUAAUCUCUCCCUUCUUCAGAAGUUUUGGAAAGUGCUGUGGAUUCAUCAGAAUAAGUUUGGACAGAUAUUAACUGUAUUUUAGAACUAAAAAGAAUCAACUUUGAAAGGAAAGGGAAUACUGAAAAUGACAUCAUGUACAUCAUAUACAUGUGAAUGUCACUUCAGUUUCAUAUGAUGUUGGACAUGCAAUUGCAUCAUAUUUGAAACCUACUGGUUUCAAUUAGGGACUUUUAUUUUUUAUCAAUGAUAACUGAGUAGAAUAGAAUUGAAUAUAAAUUUGAUAUAAAUAGUGGGCCCACUUUUAUAUUAGGUGGCCUUAACUAUUGUACUUACAUUUAAAUGAGUCAUUUGAUACAAUGCAAUUAUUGUGUAUAUUUGUGUUUUUACAUUGUACUUAUAUUUUAAAAAUACCUGCAUGUAAUUAUUUAUGUAAUUGCAUUCAUAAUUACACUGUUGAUUACUAUCCCUUACACAUUAAUCCACCCUUAACCUUAACCUCCAACCUGUCCAUACCACCAAACCUGUCCCUACACUUACCCUUAUCCCACCUCAACAGCAGCAAAUUUGAUAUGCAAUACAAUAUGAACACAAUAAGUACAUUGUACUUAUUUUUUGAUGUAAUUGUAGUAGUUAAUGCCACCUAAUAUAAAGUGUGACCUAAACAGAUACUAAUCAUAGUAAUACUGAUCACUUGUAAUGUAGGAUAACAUUUUUCAACUUUAUAAGUUUUUCUCUUUUUAUUUAUUAUUGUAAUAAAGAAAUUGUAAACUGAAUAAUAAGUAAGGUGUAUACUACUACUACUACUAAUAAUAAUAACAAUUUAUACUUAUUUAUAAUGAUUUGUAAUUUGUUUUAUAAUGAUUAAUUGAUGAUACUGAAUACUUGCCGUGUAUUUGCUAAAAAUAAUAAAAUACAUUUAUGAAAUGGAUUACAA